CCUAAAGAAGUAUGGACGACGGUGGCAGCAUUGCGCGGCUCGGCCUACCGCCAUAUCUCCGAUCCAAGCUCCUCGCUUGCGGCUAUUCUUCCAUCGCGGAUCUCCACGGCGCAUCGCCUCUGGAUCUCGCACGAGACGCAUCGAUCUCUUCCGAUGAGGCGCUCUCUGUUCUGCGGCGAAUCGGAGCUACUCCAGCGCCUAUUGCUGGAGCAAAGACUGCUUGGGAUUUGAUGUCGUUUGAUCGAUCCCGGAGCCGGAUUGGAACUGGCUGCAGUGGUUUGGAUCGAGUUUUCGGCGGUGGAGUCGCCUCCAAGGAGCUGACGGAAAUUUGUGGUGCUCCGGGGAUUGGAAAAACGCAGCUCGGGUAUGGACCCACGCUUUUCAUUCUAGAUCACAGCGAGAUCACUUCUAAAGUCUCUAUUUUUUUUCUUUCUCACAGGAUGCAGCUUGCUAUAAACGUCCAACUCCCUCGAUCUCUAGGUGGUCUCAAUGGUCACGCUGUCUACAUUGACACGGAAGGCAGCUUUAUGAUGGAGAGAGUGCUCCAAAUGGCUCAACGAAGUGCUCUUGUGACGCCAGAUCAAAGCGUCGAGUCUCUCCUUUCGCACAUUUUCUACUUCCGCGUCUUCGAUUCCACCGAGCAGAUCGCCACCAUCAACAGCCUCAAUAAGUUCCUGGAAGAACACAAGGAGGUGAAACUCCUUGUCAUCGACAGUGUCACAUUUCACUUCCGCCAAGACUUCCACGAUCUGGCUCUCCGGGCCCGGCUGCUCAACAGCAUGGCUCAGAAGCUCAUGGCAUUGGCUCACCAUCAUGAACUCGCGGUAGUUCUCGUGAACCAAGUGACAACCAAAGGCAAUGGAGAAAUCAGGCCUGCUUUAGGUGAAAGCUGGUCUCAUGCUUGUACAAACCGCGUGAUCUUACGCUGGGAGGGAGGAAAACGCCAGGCUUGUAUGUUCAAGUCCCCAUCUCUUCCUCCAGCAAAAUCCAGUUUCUCAAUUACUACUAGAGGGAUCGGAGAGUGACAAAUCACUCACUCGUCCAUGUCAUCCACGUCGCGCUGCGAAUGGUCCCCAGCUUCCACCUGGUUUUGUAUCGCUUCUAGAAACGAUGCUACAGUGAAGUCACCUGUUGAAAAGCAAUAAAAUUUGUUUCUCAAGAUCUACAAACAGUAAGAAAGUGAAUCCACACUCA